AUGGACAAAACAACACCUAGCCCUCUGAACAGCUCCAGUAAGAGAGUUUACUCGAAAGCUGGCUGUCACACUUGCAAGAUCCGACGACUCAAAUGUGACCAGGGGAGACCAGGUUGCCGACGAUGCCUCUCCACCGGCCGCGUGUGCGAUGGCUACGGUGUCUGGGGCGGAGGAACAGGCAUGAGCGCAUUGAUGCCCAACACGUUCCAGACAGCCCCGAACCUGUAUGAUAUGUCGACGCGGCGUCGACUCGGCCCGAGCAAUCACCUAGAGCGAGCUGGCUUCGACUGGUUCAGAAACCGAGCGGCCGUCAAACUAUGCGGGCUUUUCGAGUCGCGCUUCUGGGAUACCUUGGUCUUGCAGGCGUGUACGACGGCCCCGGCAGUCUUACAUGCUAUGUUGGCCUUGAGCUCUGCGCACAAGGCGGAGAUGACCGAGGGGAGCCGGCCGGAACGCGAACAACACGAACGGUUUACACUGGAACAGUACAACAAGGCCAUCGGCUGUCUUCGUCCCCAUUUUACCCAGACUGACCGGGACGGCGAGUCGGCUCGUGUGGUUCUCAUUACAUGCGUCGUCUUUGUCUGCCUGGAGCUGCUUCGAGGGAGGUAUGUUGAGGGCCAGACUCACCUCCAUAGCGGACUCAAUCUCCUCAGUCAGCUCCAGGCCAAGUUACAUACUCCUGGGACUCAGGGUGUCCUCGUCCUGGGCCACCCUCAAGAGUCUGUCAGCGAUAGCUACUUGCUUGAGGCAUAUUCCCGCCUUUACGCCCAGUCGUCACUUUUUGGACAAGUUCUGGGGGCUUUCCGCAAACCGUACACCAUCGCCACCGUCAUUCCGGACGCAACCUUCCAAGCCCCACCUCCCAUAUUCAAUUCCAUGAACCAAGCAAGACAACAGCUUGACGGGCUCUUCAACACCAUUCAUUGCCUCACAGUCCGCUUUCCACGGAAAACUGUCGUCUGGGAUGUCCCGCAAGCGUUGCUCGACGGGCAAAGUCGCAUCCAGACAUGUCUGCAGCUCUGGCGCCAGGCUUACAAGGUUUCCCGUCUCACCCUGACCUCGCAGCUCAAUCUCCGAGACGCGCUAUCGUACCCGCUUCUGAUGAUAUAUCACACCAUGGCCGUCGUCGUGGCGGCGACAUGUCUCACGCGGGACGAAUCCAUAUUCGACUCUUUCGAGGCGGCUUUCGCCUCCGUGGUGUCCACUUGCGAGGAAAUAUUGAAGGCCGCAUUUCAGGUCAUGGUUGCAGACACGGCAGCGGGAUAUUGUUCCGAGGAAUUCAGCUUCACGGCUGACAUCGGACUGAUUGCGCCGUUGUAUUACGCAGCUCUCAAGUGCCGGGUCCCCUCCAUUAGGCGUCGCGCCAUCAAGAUGCUUGAGAUUGCCACGCACAAGGAAAUGAUUUGGAAUGGGGCUAUUGCGGCACAAGUUGCCCGCGAAGUGGUCAAGUUAGAGGAACAGGGGCUCUGGAGCGAUCUGUCCUGCGUUGAUAUGAGCCCUGACUCUUUCUAUCACGAUGCGGGCGACGCCCAGUUAGCCAGCUUGAGAGUGCCGGAGUGGCAUCGAGUUCAUGAAGUUGUUCUGAAUCUCCUUGAUGGCUUGCCUGGGAAGGCUGUCCUGACUUGCGAACGGAGACGAGAAAAUGGGGAGUGGGAGUUGUUGGAGAAGCAAAUGGACGUGUGCUUUGCUUCUUGA